ACCGAAAGCGGGGCCAUGGAGCCCGGGGAGACGGGGAAGGCUCCUGUGACAUUUGAUGACAUCACUGUGUACUUGCUCCAGGAAGAAUGGAUGCUGCUGAGUCAGCAGCAGAAGAAGAUUUGUGGUUCUGACAAGCUGGUGGCACCGCUGGGACCAACUGUUGCCAACUCCGAGCUGUUUUACAAGUUUGAACAAGGGCCAGAGCCAUGGCUAGGCAGCAUCCAGCACCAGAGGCGUCUCCUGGAGCAUCACCCAAGAAAAAGUCACAUAGGCUACAUGGAAGAAACAGAGGUGCAAGGUCCCACCAGGGAGAGGGGACAGUACCUGCCACCUCAGAAGAAAGCCUGCCUCUCCCACUUCACUACAGAGAGUGGCAACAUCGAGACAGACUGGACAGGAAGAAGCAAGAAACUUCUGAAACCCCGUUCUAUCCAGAAGUCAUGGUUUGCACAGUUUCCAUGGCUGGUUAUGAAUGAGGAACAGACGGCUCUGUUUUGCUCUGCUUGCCGGGAAUACCCAUCUGUCAGAGAUAAACGGUCAAGAUUAAUAGAAGGUUACACAGGACCAUUCAAGGUGGAGACUCUCAAGUACCAUGCCAAGAGCAAAGCUCACAUGUUCUGUGUCAAUGCCUUGGCAGCAAGGGACCCCUUCUGGGCAGCCCGUUUCCGUAGCAUCAGAGAUCCAUCUGGAGAUGUACUGGCCAGCCCAGAGCACCUCUUCACUGCAGAUUAUCCCAUAUUCUACCCCCCAGGACCUCUGGGAGACUUUGAUAGUAUGGCUGAGCUCCUUCCAAGUUCAAAGGCUGAACUAGGAAACCCUGGGGGUAAUGGAGCAAUUCCUGCUUUGUAUCUAGACUGCAUUUCAGGUCUGAGGCAGAAAGAAAUCACUGAUGGUAUCCACAACUCCUCAAACAUGAACAUUCUAUGUAAUGGUGCUGUUGAAUCCUGCAGUCAGGAUCCUUCUGAAGAGGGACUGUUGGAGGAGGUUCCUAUGGUGUUUGAGGAGCUCCCCGUGGUGUUUGAGGACGUGGCGGUGUAUUUCACCCGGGAGGAGUGGGGCAUGCUAGACAAGCGGCAGAAGGAGCUGUACAGAGAUGUGAUGCGGAUGAAUUAUGAGCUGUUGGCAUCCCUGGGGCCUGCUGCAGCCAAACCAGACUUGAUCUCCAAACUGGAACGGAGGGCUGCACCCUGGAUCAAGGACCCAAAUGGGCCAAAGUGGGGGAAAGGUCAUCCUCCAGGGAAAAAGAAGAUGGUGGCUGUAAAAGAGGUAGACACAUGCACCUCAGCUGUAGAAUCUUCAUUGCUUCCAGCUCCUUCUGUGGAGACAUAUACCUCCUACUGUAAUUCCAGCGUGUGUGAAGUAGUAGUGGAUGGACCUAGGAAAAUCAAGAGGACUUACAGACCCCGUUCAAUUCAGAGGUCGUGGUUUGGACAGUUUCCAUGGUUAGUAAUUGACCCAAAAGAGACCAAGCUCUUCUGUUCAGCUUGCAAAGAAAGACCUAAUCUCCAUGACAAGUCAUCUCGGUUAGUUAGAGGUUACACGGGGCCUUUUAAAGUGGAGACUUUAAAGUACCAUGAAGUCAGCAAAGCACACAGGCUCUGUGUCAACACUGUUGAAAUCCAAGAUGACAUCCCUCAGACUGCCCUCGUCCCAGAGAUCUCCAGCGACCUCAUGGCAAACAUGGAGCACUUUUUCAAUGCUGCCUACUCUAUUGCAUACCACUCAAGGCCCCUGAAUGACUUUGAGAAGAUCCUGCAACUCCUCCAAAGCACUGGGACCAUGAUUUUAGGCAAGUACCGCAAUCGCACAGCAUGUACUCAGUUCAUCAAAUACAUCUCUGAGACGCUAAAGAAGGAAAUCCUUGAGGACGUGCGGAAGUCCCCCUGCGUGAGCGUGUUGCUGGACAGCUCCACAGACACCUCCGACCAGGCCUGUGUGGGGAUUUAUAUCCGCUACUUUAAGCAGAUGGAGGUGAAGGAGUCGUACAUCACACUGGCCCCACUCUACAGUGAGACGGUGGAUGGGUACUUUGAGACCAUCGUUUCUGCCCUGGAUGAGCUGGACAUCCCUUUCCGGAAGCCUGGCUGGGUGGUGGGCCUGGGCACAGAUGGUUCUGCCAUGUUGAGCUGCAGAGGAGGCCUUGUGGAAAAGUUCCAGGAAGUCCUACCCCAGCUACUGCCUGUUCACUGCGUGGCCCACCGGCUGCACCUGGCCGUGGUAGAUGCGUGUGGGAACAUCGAUCUGAUGAAGAAGUGUGACCGGCACAUCCGAACCGUCUUCAAGUUCUAUCAGUCCUCAAACAAGAGGCUGAGUGAGCUACAGGAAGGCGCGGCUCCACUGGAGCAGGAGAUCAUCCGCCUGAAGGACCUAAAUGCCGUCAGGUGGGUGGCCAGUGAGAGGCGCACGUUGAACGCACUGCUCGUGAGCUGGCCUGCCCUGGCCAAGCACCUCCAGAGUGUGGCGGAGGCCGGGGGACAGGUUGGGCAACGGGCCAAGGGAAUGCUGAAGCUGAUGAGGGGCUUCCACUUCGUCAAGUUCUGCCACUUUCUUUUGGACUUCCUGAGCAUCUACAGGCCUUUGUCUGAGGUGUGCCAGAAGGAGAUUGUGCUGAUUACAGAGGUGAAUGCCGCACUGGGACGGGCCUACGUGGCCCUGGAGAACCUCCGUCACCAGGCAGGGCCUAAAGAAGAAGAGUUCAACACCAGUUUCAAGGAUGGGCAGCUCCAUGGCAUCUGCUUAGACAGACCGGAGAUGGCGGAACAGCGGUUCCAGGCAGACAGGGAGAGAGUGGUCCUGACAGGGAUUGAGUACCUCCAGCAGAGGUUUGAUGCAGACCGUCCCUCGCAGCUCAAGAACAUGGAGGUGUUUGACACCAUGGCCUGGCCAAGUGGGAGUGAACUUGCCAGUUUUGGGAACGAUGAUAUUCUCACCCUUGCCAGGUAUUUCGAAUGCUCCCUCCCCACAGGAUACAGUGAAGAUGCUCUGCUGGAAGAGUGGCUGGGCCUGAAAGCCAUCGCCCAGCACCUCCCGUUCUCCAUGCUAUGCAAAAACGCCCUAAUGCAGCACUGCCGCUUCCCUCUGCUGAGUAAGCUCAUGGCCGUGGUGGUCUGUGUGCCUGUCUCCACCUCCUGCUGUGAACGGGGGUUCAAGGCCAUGAACCGGAUCAGGACUGACGAGAGGACCAAGCUCUCCAAUGAGGUGCUCAACAUGCUCAUGAUGACGGCUGUGAAUGGCGUGGCUGUCACAGAGUACGACCCCCAGCCCGCCAUUCAGCACUGGUAUCUGACCUCCUCGGGCCGGCGCUUCAGCCACGUCUAUGCCUGCUCCCAGGUGCCAGCCCGCUCCCAUGUGAGUGCUGGACUCAGGAAGGAGGAGACAGGGGCCCUCUAUGUGGAGGGGUCAGGGACCCAGAAGCCACAUGUCCUGCCCUCCAGGGAAGCAGUGGAGGUUCCAAAGGACUGUACUAGGCGGCCUCCCGAGAGACUCCUAUAACCCCACACCAGCCAAGAAGCCCCUGGCAUGUUCUGAGGGAGGGGAGUCCUUGGGACUGCCUCGGAGACACAUACCCCUGGGAUCAUGGGGAUAGGCUCUCUGCAGAUUUUAGACUGUCCUAGAAUUUGCUUUUGAUGGGGGUGUUCUCCAAGCACCAGGAAGUGGGCAGUG